UCUAUGAACUCAGCAGCAGAAGAGAAUUUCUGCUCCAGCUGAUUCGGUCGCCAUCUUUUCAGCGACGUAAACAACACAGAUGCCUCCCGCUGUGUUGUUCUGUCGCUUGCAGUACGUGGACGUGAUUGAACCGUCGUAGGAGUAUUCGAGACGAGACGUUGUGUGAUCGGAACACGCCAGUCCCUACAACGGUGUCCUGAGCUCCACGGCUGACAGAGAUGGAGGUCCUCCGUGGGUCUCUCAGCGGUAGGGGUGGGCAGGUCUAAAGGGGUCCCAGAGGAGGGGGCAUUGCUGUGUGACAGCAGUGGCCCCCGGAGAGAUGGACCAGGAGUACGAACGACGGCUGCUGAAGCAGAUCAACCACCAGAACCUCCCGCGGGACACACAACCGGCCCAGUGUGUGGGGGCAGCCUGCAGCCCGCUGAGCGUCAGGUCGGGGGACCGCUACAUCCCCACCCGUGCUGGGAGCAACUGGAGUAUCAACUUCCACUACGCCAACGAGAACUGUCACUCCCCCAGUCAGAACCACAAGGCCAAGGACGCCAGCACAGAGUCAGGCAAAGACACGGUGGCCUAUGCUGCCCUGCUGAGGAAUGAGCUGCUGGGUGCGGGGAUGGAGGCGAUGGUGGAGCCCCACGCCGACGACCGGCGGCAGGCCGUCCUGACCCCGAGCGCACGCAGCCUGUUCAGGUACACGGUCCACACCAAGAAAGUGCCUUUUGACAGCGACAAUGACGUCUCCCCCUACUCCCUCUCCCCGCUCAGCAACAAGAGCCACAAGCUCCUGCGCUCCCCACGUAAGCCGGCCCGUAAGAUCUCCAAGAUCCCCUUCAAGGUGCUGGACGCCCCCGAGCUGCAGGACGACUUCUACCUGAACCUGGUCGACUGGUCGGCGGGCAACCUACUGAGCGUGGGCCUGGGGGCCUGUGUGUACCUGUGGAGCGCCUGCACCAGCCAGGUGACCAGACUCUGUGACCUCUCUGUGGACGGGGACUCAGUGACGUCUGUCUGCUGGAACGAGAGGGGGAGCUUGGUUGCCGUGGGAACACACAAGGGCUACGUCCAGAUCUGGGACGCCGCCGGCGGGAGGAAGCUGAGCAGCCUAGAGGGGCACUCCGCACGCGUAGGAGCGUUGGCGUGGAACGGCGAGCAGCUGUCGUCGGGCAGCAGGGACCGGGUGAUCCUGCAGCGGGACGUGCGGAGCCCCCCAGGGGCCGAGCGGAGGCUGCAGGGCCACCGCCAGGAGGUCUGCGGGCUGAAGUGGUCCCCGGACCACCAGCACCUGGCCUCAGGGGGCAACGACAACAAGCUGCUGGUGUGGAACAGUUCCAGCCUGCUGCCCAUGCAGCAGUACAGCGACCACCUGGCGGCGGUGAAGGCCAUCGCCUGGUCCCCGCACCAGCACGGCCUGCUGGCCUCGGGCGGGGGCACGGCCGACCGCUGCCUGCGCUUCUGGAACACGCUCACGGGCCAGCCACUGCAGAGCACCGACACGGGCUCCCAGGUCUGCAACCUGGCCUGGUCCAAGCACGCCAACGAGCUGGUCAGCACACAUGGCUACUCUCAGAACCAGAUCCUGGUGUGGAAGUACCCCUCACUGACCCAAGUGGCCAAGCUCACAGGACACUCCUACAGAGUGCUGUACCUGGCUGUGUCCCCAGACGGGGAGGCCAUCGUCACCGGAGCCGGAGACGAGACGCUGCGAUUCUGGAACGUCUUCAGUAAAACACGCUGCACCAAGGAGUCCAAGUCGGUGCUGAACCUGUUCACCAGAAUACGAUAGUCCCAUGGUGGGGCCAGGACCUUCUCAGUAGGAGACACAGACCCCAGACACACACAGACCACCAUUCUACUGCACUACUAGAGCCCUUCUGUGUCCCAAGGAAACCUUCUCCAUGCACCUGACCUCACUUCCACAAGACUUUUAUUUUGAAAGAACCCUGGAGGCUCCACCACUUCAGCCACGUCCGCCUCUCAGAAGACCUUCCUGCUCUGUUGUGGACGUGAUGGAAAAACUCUUUCUUUUUUUAUAAUUUCAUCAGUUAGUUGUCAUGUCUGAGAGAGCUGCAUCAUGAAAAUGAAAUCAUGAAUCUGGAAAUCAUGAUUUGACAUCAGGAAUCUGGAAAUCAUGAUUUGACAUCAUGUCAUUAAGUCUCGAAAAGACAUGUAAUGUUUUUAACACUGUGCUUCUGAUCAUGUUUUCUUGUAUGUUCUGUGGCACGUCAAUCAACACAACCACAAUGAAUAAACAUCUGCACCAUGCACAGCUGCACACACGGCUGCAAACACUGAG